AUGGCGUCGGUAAUCAAGUAUCCAGGAAAGCAUGAUGUCAUGCUCGGGCGGGGUGGAGAGUCAAACUACCACAGCGGGAACAUUGCGUUCCGCCACAUGGUGCAGCAGUACAAGGAGCGAUUCCGGUUGGGAUCCCGCAAAGAGAAGAAUAGAGUCAUUGAUGAAGUCGUCAAUACAUGGAGAAACCAAGACCCCAUUGGCCGUUUUGUGGCCAAGAAGAAGCUCAGCAAUGGGGAUGUUGUCUGGUACGACGUGGGAGAUGAUCUUGCAAGGAAACGGGCGGCCAAGUCUUUGGCAGAGUGGACUCCUCAAGCACCCCAAAGCUCCCAGCAUAAGAGACAAAGGAGUGAUGAAAGUUACGCAUCAGUGUACAAAUCGAGGGAAACAAAAUUAAGUCCACUAAAGAGGUCAAGGUCAACUGGAAACGAUGAUGCCCCGUCUACAGGCCUUCCUGCGACUCCAGUGAGCAAUGCAAACCCUUUCAACCCACUGAUAAUGGGGUCUCCAACAGCAGUUGGUAUGGACACGAGCAGCUUUUUCCCAAAUCAGCAACCCCCUCAACAACCAUUUCCAGGGUUGCCAACGCUCUCACUCCCACUGCCACAGUCGCAACCUGAACCUCCAUCUGAUCUCGGGAUGCUCCAAACAAGCACCUAUGUACAACAUCCACAAGUUAAUGUCGCGGCGCAACUUCUUCCCCAAGAAGACCUCGUCAUGCCAGACUUUUUGUGCAACGUGAACCAACUUAGCAACUUGAACAUUAACAUGGGUGUUCUUCCUCUUGAGCGCAUUCGAAUGACAAUACCAACUGCCGCAGAGUUGUCCGCGGAAGCCUUCUCCUCGGAUGACGACAAAUCUGAUCGCAGCCAUGAGAGUCAUGGUAGCAACAAUACCAUUACUAUAAUGGGGGGCAAUAACAAGGGCUUCUCCUCCAGAGUUUCCGGCUCGGGUUCGGCUUGGUAUCAACCAGAUUGGCAAACCUGGCUCAGGAAGUGA